AUUGAAAAUUCAAGAAAUUUUUCUUCAUUUUCGGAAAUUUCUCUCCAAUGACAUUCAUUUGCAAGUUUUGCGAAUCAACCGAAUUUAAUAUCGUCGAUGGUUGGUAUUACUGUACCGACUGCCAUCGUCAAAAUGAGCAAGAAGUCGAGUUUGAUGUCUUCAAUUUUGGCGCCGACACUGCUGCACGGAAGACAAAAAUCCAAGAAACAGCAACGAGUGUUCAUAAUUUCGCCGAUAAAACCGAAUUGACGACAUGGGAAGCCUUCAACUUCAUCUUACACGGACUUGUCGAAGAGUUGAUCGCAAUUGGCGUGAAUCCUCAAGUGAAAUUGACUGUUUUUCAAAUGUGGGCUCAUUACCUGAGGACAACUGAAGUUGCUUUUUUCAAUAAAAAAGAACCUGUUUUGCCGAGAUUGCCUCCAAUUUUUACUAAAAGAGAUGCAGAUAUUUUGUAUAAUCAUCAACGUCGUAUCAGAAAAAGACGAAGAUCGGGAAGUAUAGUCGAAAGUACAGACACUCCUCCGUCAACAAAUCGUGCGAAACGUCGAAAAAUCACGCGUCUCGUCGAUCAAUCCCAAUUUUCAGAGCACUUGUCUGAACUGAAUGACUCAAAAACGGACAUAAAUAAAACUCUGACGAGCUUAGCUGAUGUCAGUGUAUCGGAAAUUCGUACAAUCGCAGGCAGCAGUGAAUUCGGAGGCACCGGAUCAAAUCGUUCUUCAUUAGCAAUUGAAUUUUCGACCUACGCUCGAAGCAUUUUCAAGACCAAAGUACCCAAAUCUCACAUUUCCAAGCAUUCCGAGGAUUUUGAGGGCGACUUAAAGUGUCAUGUGAUCAAAACAAAUGACCUUGGAAGAGACAGAUUCAAACUUUUGUCACGAAAAACGCUUUUUUCGAUACUUUACUGUGCCUUAAACUACCACAAAGAGCCUUUGGAGAUCGGAGAUUUGAUCAGAUUUUGUCGCGAAGGCCAUUUAUCGUACAAUUGCGCGCGAAAAUUCAUCCCGCGGAACUUGAGUGACGAGGAAAUCGACAAACUUAAUACCAAAUAUACGCUUUCUCGCGUAAAUGAAGUUGCUGUGCACAGCGGAUGGCGAGAAUUCAUCUGUGAGAUGGCGAAUUUUAUGAAAAUCGAGCUCGAACAACCGGAUUUGUUCGCUUUGAGUCAUCGAUACGUCGAGGAUUUGUGUUUGCCUGACAUUAUUUCGACAUAUACCGAAAGAAUUCUCGCUUUUUGUCCCUCGUACGAGUCAGAAGCGAAAGUUAAUGGCAUUCCCGUGUUCGAAGGACGUGCAAUGGCGUGCAUUUUAUUCGUUUUGAAGCUGCUUUUUGGUCUUGACGAUGCCACAGAAUACGAAAUUUCAGAAUCGAGCAAAAAAAUCAACAAAAAACUCGAAAUGCAUGAAAAAAAGUUCAAAUUAUUCGUUUUUAGUGAAUGGAUGGAGUACAUCGUGGCACGACAAAUGCUAAUUGAACAACUACAUCCACCGAAUUUUACAAGAACUUCAAGAACAAACACGGAGCGAUAUUUACAACACAUUUUUGUCAAGUCCCAACAACUUUGUGUCGACGAUCAAAGCAUUUCUGACGAAAUUGCCGUGAAAAAUGCCAAAAACUCAAACUCCAAAGUCAAUCAACGCAAGAAUACAUUGCUUCAUUUCGCAAAAUACAUCAACGAAGUCGAAAAAUCACGAGAUCCGCAACUAAUUGAAGCGAAUUUAGUGAAAUUUCCCCCAUCUCUCAUCCCAAAUCUCACGUAUUUGGAAAUGAUUCGCGAGAAACACGCCGAAAAAGUUCAAAUUCCGCCGUGUUUAUUGAUCGAUCACUCAAAACGAGACCUAAAAUCGCUACUUGACCCGUUAGAGCUGCACAAAGAACUGCUACAAACACGAACAAAACUCGAAAUUGAGGAAAGUUGCAUCAAUAAUCAAAUAAAAUUCAAACGAUGGACCAUCCAAACCCAUGAAAAAGAGUCUUUUUUGCAUUAUAACGCCGUAGAUUUCCGAAUUUCUGACUCUGAAUGGAUAGAAAAACUCAAAAAACGUGAAGAACGGUACGACAGGAGACUAAAAAAGGAUGAAAACAGAACCCACAAACGAAGAUUCGCGAAAUUUCAACAGAAAAAGGACUUGAGAAGGCAAAAACCUUUCACUGAAUCAACAAUUUUUGGUCCAGAAGAGCCUUGUGAGCUUCCGGAAAUUAAUUCAGCAGAUUUUGACGAGACAAUUACGUUAAAAGUCCCUCAUUUUUACUAUUGGAAUAACUUUUAUCACUCAGAAAAGUCUGAAUUUACCGUAGAUACCAAAAUUUUCAAAGAAACUGAACGAGAUUUGCCGAAAACAUUUCUUUGGUUACUCGAAUAUUGCGCCCAAAUGAUCGAAAUUUCACCGAUGGAGCUUUAUUCGCAAUUAUUAAUUGUUGAAAAUCAAUUUUUGUUUGCUAUGAAGCCCAUGUCGAAGAUAAAAGACAAGAUACGGUAUCGGUCAAAGCAGGAAUUGCCGAAAAAAAUGUCGAAAAUUAUUCAAAAUGUGCGAAAAUAUUGGUAAUAAAGCGAAAAUUUAAUGUAACUACUAAAAAAUUUUAUGAUUUUGCAACGACUAGAUGAGAAAUUU